CCGAGGUGCACGUACACCCCUAGCGGAUUGUAUCGGUACUAACUUGAGCGCGAAAAUGAAGUGCUUGAACUUUUGUGCGUUUGUAAUAUUAUGUUUAUGGACUGUGAAUGGAGCUGAGAUGCAGUUCAAGCAGGAGAUGAAGGCGAUGAUGGAGCAGAUCGAGAGCCUGAAGAACUUGCACCAGUCUGAUAUCUCCAAGCUGAAGAAAGAAAUUGAAGAGCUCAAACAACACCAGACUCCGACGGACAACCACGAGCAAAACGAACAGGCAACUCUGCAAUGGGCGAAGGCUUCCAUGAACGAGCUCCGAGUGGAGAUGCGUGAACUUGGCGAGAGUGUCAACAGCUCGGCCCUGUUGAAACACCUCCACGUCAUGCGGAAUGAGCUGAAGCAAGCUUUGACGGAGGCUUCCGAUUUGGUGCAGCUCACCAAGACCCAAGAAACUAGAAUUGACAAGUUGGACAGCGAAGUUGGAAGACUUAAAUAUGAAAAUCAGCAAAUGAGGGGAAUGAUCGCUCAGCUGAGGACUCAAGUCGGAAAGCUUUCUAAAGAGUUGAAAGCGAAGCAACUGGACGAGAUGAAUAUGGGUAACUACAACGAAGUUUUGGAGCACGAGAGUAAGAGAGGCCACAAAAUACGGCACAACAAAAUGAUACAUACUCAGAUCUCGCGGCUGGCGCGCAGCCAGGACCAACUCGACGCGUACCAGCAGAGCCUGCAGAACCAAUUACUGGACGUUCAACGACGUCUCGAUCGCAUCGAGGAACCCAACUGGAACCUAAUUACAGCCAAAAUUGAAUUCUUCGAUCUCGAGACUAAGUCGCUGAGAGAGCAAUUGAAAAAUGUAUCGCAGAAAAUAUCCGAUUUCGAUAAAGUCCACGCAUCCCUAUUGGAGCUGCGGGAGGACGUCGAGAGCAUCGAAAACAAGGUCGACAAGACGAUCCCGGAGUUCAGGAAGGAGAUAUCAAAGUUGGAUAUUAGUUUUGCUCAGUUGCAUGCCGCGACUUCAUACCUCCGCGAAAACCAAGAGAACUUGAAGCAGAGCGUGAAAGCGAUCGCCGUGAGCGUCAGCAACGUCAUCGACCGCUCGGAGCUGGAGCGGCUGCAGAUGAACAAGCUGAACGACUCCAUACUCGACCUCAAGGCCUCCGCCAAGCAACACUUCUACCGCCUCAAUGAUCACAUCCUGAAGAGCGAGGCUACGCACGUCGAUUCGAACUACACGGAGAUCGUGUCUCUUCCUGAGCUGAUGGGAGAAGUAAAGGAAUUGCAGCCCGUCGAACGUGAGUACGAGGAUCUGGUUAAACAGCUGCCUAAGGAUUGCUCCAACGUGACCGGUCCCCCCGGAACCUAUCUGAUCCACCCCGGCAAUACUCCCGUGGACACCUGGUGCAACAACGGCACUACUCUCCUCCAACGUCGCUACAACGGCACGGUUGAAUUCAACAGGAAAUUCGAUGAAUACGUCCAGGGCUUCGGCGACGCUUCUUCUGAAUUCUGGCUCGGUCUGCAAUCCAUGCACGAGAUCACCGCCGACAACUGCUCCGCCAUGAGGAUCGACAUGACCGACAUCUACGGCAGCGUGUGGUACGCCCAGUACGACCACUUCUCCGUCGGCGGCGCUGAUUCCGGUUUCGUGCUGGAGGUGAGCGGCUUCAAGGGCAACGCCAGCGACGCUUUCGAGUACCAGAACCACAUGGAGUUCUCCGCCAUCGACCGCGACCGUGACAUCUCGAACACGCACUGCGCCGCGAACUACGAGGGCGGCUGGUGGUUCUCGCACUGCCAGCACGUGAACAUCAACGGCAAGUACACGCUCGGCCUCACCUGGUUCGACUCCGCCCGCAACGAGUGGAUCGCCGUCGCCACCAGCGAGAUGCGUAUCUUCCGCAAACCGGGAUGCGCUUAAAUUACAAAUCGUUACACCGAUAUCUUAUUCCGCACAUACGCAACGCUUGUGCUGUAGUGUUAAAUGUUGUAUUAUGAUAAAUCAUACCAAAGAUAAGCUAGUAAGCGCUACUCUAUGUAUGUUCUUAAGUAAUUCUCGAAGAAAGCUCUUAGAUUUAUGACUGAAUUAUUUCGCCUUAUCUUGUGUUAAGAAUGUAUUUUAUAAUUUGCGUAUGCAGGUAUAAUUUAAUGAACCUUUCUGUACCGACUCUCCGGCAGCAAAAUUAUUUUCGCGUAACUACCGUCUCGUUCCCGUAGUUACAGUAUUAGUAUUAUUUUUAUUUGUAAAUUUUUUCUUUAUGUAAAAACUGUAUACUUUAGUCAAAUAAAUUAUGUUAUAUUUAUUAUUAAGUGAUUAAUUAUAUUUAAGCAUUAAAUGCGUGUACUGAUUAUAUCUACAUAUAUCUCUGUCGCUUCAAACCAGUGUAUCUUUUCUAGACAUUCCGUUAGUCAAGUGUACAUAUUUUGUUAUUAUAUUAUGUUAAAUAUUAUUUUGUAGUUAUCUAAAUUAUUAGCUCUAAAUACAACUCACCGAUUAUUGAAUAUUUUGCCGCUGUACUUAAUUACAUUACUUUUCAUUACGUUUAUUAUUUUAUGGAAUAUUUAGAGUAGUUUGAUGUGUCAUAUUAAUAAUGUAUCUUCAAAUAUGGUAGUAGAGUUGUAAUGUGGUCAUAACUAAACAUGUAUUAGUGACUUGCAUUCCGCAGAUAAUAAUCAAUUUAAAGUUAAGAGUAAUAUAAUAUACCAAAUGUCACCGAAUUGCACCGAACAAUGGACUCCGGCGUCGCCUCUUACUAGGCGUUUAGAAUUAUAAUAUAAAUUAUCUCGAUGUUAAAAUCUCGUAGAAAAGCUGUACCAAUGGAUUUAGCCAAAUAAAAGUAUCAAAAUA